ACCUGCGACUAAAAGCGCCCUCCCUCCCCAUCCCCAUCCCCCGUCUGAAUACAGACAUUGAUUCCUCGCGGGCCUCAUUCACCACAUGCCGAUUGUAAAUUAAUUAAACACAAAGUGUAGGGUAUGUGGGUCUGUGUCUUGCGGCUACAACUCCGUGGAGGAUUGACGGAGAAGAAGCCUUCCUUCCUUCCUUCCCUUUGGAUGCAGCAUCCUCCAAAUGGGCAAUAACCUCUGUAUAGUCUCAGAUGUCUCGGGGCACUGAAGAUAUCUUCUCCCCCGAUGCUGUACUCUCUCUGCAUAAAACAGUCAACCGCUCCCCAGAAUGUAAGCAGAAAGCCUCUUCCUGCCUCCCCCAUGCUAAAACAGUACAGGAUCGUCUAAAAAAGAGUUUGGGGUGGAAAAUGUCUGCAAACAUACCUUUAGACAUCAAUAUCAAAGAGCCCCGCUGGGAUCAAAGCACAUUUAUUGGAAGAGCCAGUCAUUUCUUCACUGUUACUGAUCCCAGGAAUAUUUUGUUAUCCAAUGAACAAUUAGAAAAAGCAAGAAGAAUUGUACAUGAUUACAGACAAGGUAUUCUGGCCCCUGGGUUGACAGAAGAUGAACUGUGGAGGGCAAAAUAUGUCUAUGAUUCAGCAUUCCACCCAGAUACGGGUGAAAAAAUGGUUUUGAUUGGCCGAAUGUCUGCUCAGGUGCCUAUGAACAUGACCAUCACAGGCUGCAUGAUGACCUUUUAUAGGACAACUCCAGCGGUGGUCUUCUGGCAAUGGAUUAACCAGUCCUUCAAUGCUAUUGUAAACUAUACCAAUAGGAGUGGAGAUGCUCCAAUUACUGUCAGCCAGCUGGGAACAGCCUAUGUUUCUGCCACCACAGGUGCUGUUGCAACUGCUCUAGGACUAAAUGCACUAACUAAGCAUGUCUCACCCCUUAUAGGACGUUUUGUUCCUUUUGCUGCUGUAGCUGCUGCUAAUUGCAUUAAUAUCCCAUUAAUGAGGCAAAGGGAACUAAAGUAUGGUAUUCCCAUUACAGAUGAAAAUGGAAACCGAUUAGGUGAAUCGGCCAAAGCUGCUCAACAGGCUAUUGUGCAGGUGGUUAUCUCCAGGAUCCUUAUGGCUGCUCCAGGCAUGGCCAUUCCCCCCUUCAUAAUGAAUACUUUGGAAAAGAAGGCAUUUUUAAAGCGAUUCCCAUGGAUGAGUGCUCCCAUUCAAGUGGGAUUAGUUGGCUUCUGUCUGGUGUUUGCAACACCUCUAUGCUGUGCAUUAUUUCCACAAAAAAGUUCCAUGUCUGUAACACAUCUGGAGCCAGAAUUACAAGCCAAGCUACAAAAGAUCAACCCUGAAUUGGACCGUGUGUAUUUUAACAAAGGAUUAUAAUUUUGUAGGAGGCAAAAAAUUUGUUUUUGAAUUGUGUGACAAUUUUGAAGACAACUCAGUCCUGAUAUGUCAUUUCAGUCUUGCACAGUUUUAAACACUGGGGUUACAGUAUUUGUUGAUCACAAGAGGAUGUUUGUAAUUAUGGAUUCAAAUCACAGUUGAUGCCAUGACUACAUUGUCCACGUUGUAGGCUUCAGUUUUUUCUGGAAUGGUUUACAUUAAAUUUCAAGUAGCUAUUGAAAUUUGAAUAUUUUAAAUUCCUUUUGAAAAAUUGAAAAAUGUCAGGGACAAGGAAAUCACACAGUUCUAUCUUAGGCAGUAAAUCUAUCUUAAUUUUCCUUGACAAGAGAAAAAAGGACAAAUUUGGUUUUGCUACCAUGUUUGUAUUUACAUUUGAGAUUGUAUGUCCCCAUCAGAUGAGUUAUUCAAAGGCCCAUAGGGUGAACCUUUGUGGUGUGUCUGCUUGAUGCUUAUUUCAUAAGUUGCCUUACCUUGCUUACAUAACUUGAGUGUUUGUGGUGAGGGACAGGGAUAGAGGGAACAUUUGAGUGUUAGGGGGCAAGGAAAAGGUAUCUUCUCAAACCACUUCUGAGGCCAGUUCCCAUUACUUGUUUUAGCACUUCAUAUUUGCAACUGCCCCAUGAAAGCUCUGUUGUAUGAAGUUGAUAACCAUCUGCAUCCCUGGAUCAAACUCUCUUACAGUGCCCAAACUCCCCACCAAUAGGACAAGCUUAUCAAGUGGUAGUAUAAUCAGUGGGAACAAUCACUAUAAUUGUCCUUGUAAAUUCGCCCUGGAGCCCAUCCAAACAGUGAGCAAGGUAUGUGGUGCAGUCUUCUCAGGACUGUGCUACCACUUCAUGUGUUCAGCAUGUGUGUGAAUGUGUCUGUAUCUCAACAACGUCCCUGCACAUGUAAAGUUAGAACACCAUCCAAACACUGCCAGUGGAGGGAAAUCUUGUCCUGUCCAAUUUGUUCAGUUAGCUCUCCAACAUAGUGCUUGACAUCCUGCAGCAAUGGGCAGGAUCCUAUAGGAAUUUCCUAAUGGUUGUCAAACCUUACUUGUGCUGCCUAAUGCAUGACAGUGGCCAAAUUCUGCAAAAAAAGACAAACCCAGGAGACUGGGAGUUUGAGUUGCCUUGCUUGUCAUGUUCUUUCCCCAGAAACAGGAAUAUAUUAGCUUACAUAUACUGGCCUUGUUUUCUCAUAUCUGACAAUCAUUGAGCUUCAUGUGACUUUCUUGAAACAGUCUUUUAAACAUAUUCACAUGGAAGCUCCAUGCUGCUAAAAGUUGUUUUUCCCCCAAGUGGAUGUGCCAUAGCCUUUUAAACUUUAACAGUGGUUUUAUCCUCUAAGAAGCACAGACAAAGCAUGUGUCCUUGUCUUUUAUUCCAUUGCAAUUAUCCUGCAAAGUAGCUUGCUAUUUUUUUAUUCCAAUAGAGAAAUCCAGGCUUUCUUUUUAAAAAAAACAACAACAACCCACCACCAUUCUGGGGAUGAGAUGGGAUUUGACCCCAAGUUCCAGCAUUCUUUCCCCUGAGCUAUGCUGGUUCACUGCGGCACAAAUUAUUAUGAAAUUAUUUUUAUUGGUAUUUCACUGUAAUCUUGAUGUGUCUGGCACAUGCAUGCCAUUGGUAUCUACCAUUAAUGUACAGUAUUCCAAAUAUAAUGCCACAGUGGAGAUCCCUUUGUGGUGAUAUGAAUAGAUCUAGCUCUGUACUCAGUAGAGUUGUUACCCAGCAUAGCCUUGGCCUUUGUACCUAUUCAAAUAAUGUACACAAUUGUUGAGUGUUGUGCUACCAAUGUGGUAGUAACUUGCUAUCCUAGCUAGUAUGCAGAUGUGUUCAUCUCAGCAUAGAGGUCCAGGUUUUUCACUAUUGUAAUACCAGAGUGAAACGUGCCAUAUAGCAGAGAGUGGUUGGUGGCAGCUGAUGCUCCUCUAUGAACUGAAAGGAGAAGCAGAUCUGAUGCUUGACCGGAACACUUGGUUUGGAAGACACCCAGACAGUGAGAUUUGCCAUGUAAAGCAGUGGUUUACAAACUCUUUCCAGAGAGCCCUAGGGUUGCUUGGAAGUAUAUAAGGACUUUCUCGAAGAUAUGAUCAAUAAUAUAAGACAAGCUUUUGUAAAAAGAAAAACAGCUUGCAAACCACUGCCUGUCUUUUGGGGCAGUGUGCAGCCCCAGGAGAUUACUAGAUAUAUUGGAAGCUUCAUCCACAGCUUGCACAAGGCAAUGGUGAGGCUCAACAGGACUGACCCAAUCCCCACAUGAGCGGAGUGUAUGUCCUAGAACAUGCCUCAGAAUCUUCUACAUCAUGCUUUAAUUCCUCAGCAAAGAAGUCAGUGUUGAAAGGGAUCCCUGAAUGUAGAAAAGUUUGAAACUUCUGAAGUGGUGAUAUGCCAGUUGUAACCUUGGGGUUUUCUUUAGAGCCUUUCCUCCUCUCAUUUCUUCCUGUAUUGCCAAACCUCAAGCUGCUUUCUUAGGGUGCAUCUAGAGUGUUCUGCACACCCGACCUCCCCAUACUGUCACACUCUUGCUUUGAAUGUAGUGUGGGAAAUGACAGUGGGAUAAAUCAUUUGCCUUUAAACAGGAGUGAUGUGGCAGAAGACAGAUUGCUCGUGUGACAAUGUAGACGUAAUGAAUGACACCUGCUCCCAGCUGCAAUGCAGACGGGGACGAGGGGCAAUUCUGCAGUAUUAUCAAAGGACUGUGCAAGAUGGACGUGCCUUGAACAUUCAGAUUUGGGCUAGUGCAUGCACAGCUUUUAAAACACUUUUCUAGUGGCCUGAUCAUAUCAUGUGUGCUCAGAAUUGAGAUUGUAUCAUGUGAGAUUAAGAGUCUCACUGGAUUUAGUGAUGAUUUACCUCUUAGUUAAAAAAAGACGUAGGAAUUUGAUUUGGUGCACUGACCUGGUUUCCCUGGUAAAUUCCAACAAAACCAUGCAAUAAGUAUUUGGAUAUAAAAAGAAAUGGGGAAAAUGUACAUUUCAAAAUUUUUGUGCAUUUUAAUUGAAUGAAUUGCAAGUAAGCAUAUAUUCCAUAGCUGCAGAGACUACAGGAAGGAAUUUAAUCAAUCUCCUGUUUAAAGGGCUUGAUUCCUGUUUAAUCUCCUGUUUAAAGGGCUUGAUUCCUUGUGGGGGGGCAACUUUUCCAACCAUUUUGUUUGGUUUUUAGUUGAUGUAAACUAGAUCCAUGUUAUAUGUGACCUCAGAACUUUUGGAAAAUUUGGUAUUUGCAAGUGGUGUGCUUGGAUUAAUAUACAGCCUAGCACAAAGAUUUGUAUGGAUAUAUUUUAUCAGGCCAACAUGCAUAGGUUUGACAGCAAAGAAAUACAUGAUGAGUGGUAUUUUUUAAAAAAAAAAAUAUCAGUCUUAUGCUUUUCUACUGGAUAAAUAAUUGUACAUUUCUCUUGGUGUUAUUAAGCAGAACAAAAUAGUAUUAAGAUCAGAAAAUUUAUUCUGAUCUGAGAGAAAGAGAAUGUUUUUUAAAAAAUAUUUCCAAUAAAGUGCAAUAAACUUAUAUAAAUAGUACAAUGGAAUAGUUAUUAAUAUUUCCACUUUGGAAACAUGAUUCUAGAUUAUAUUGUGACACAUUAAAAUGUACUUCUUAGCACAAUGUCUUGCCAGUGUUGAUGGCAUUUAAUGUACUAUUUAAACUGAAAUGAAUGAGAUAUUAAAAUCAGUGACUGAAAUGAA